AACAAACCAACUAACUGCUCUCCUUGGAUCGAUAAUAUUUGUUUUUGUUUUAAAUGCAGUUUUUGAAGGAACUUAUUGGCUUGAAAGGAAUCACUAUAUAUAUUCUAUCAUGCAUUUUAAUCGAAGUGAUGUUCUAUUUGUUAAUUGUAAUACAUUUUGCAUUUCACCUGGUUGGCGAACUUUUCUGUAACCAAAUUGAGUUAGAUUGUUUUACACUAUGAAACUGCGUAACAUUUCAUUUAAGUGUAUCACACAAACAACUGGAAAGAACUAAACACAAAGAAAAUACUGAAACGUACGUAAGUUCAGUUUCUGAACAGGGCCAAUACCCGGCCGGGUGUACACGUUAAAAUUACGAUCGCAAUUGUUUGAGUUCAAGAAUAAAAGUAUACAGCUUUUCUCGUACAUCGUAGGUUUUAAUGUACGCGAGCAGCGAAAUUGGUCAUUUUCAAGAUAACAGGGAACCCUGAAUGACCCACAACCCGGUUAACAGGUGCUCUUCCGGCCUUGUUGGGUCAAUUAUUUAUGACUAAAAAAGAGGCUUUCGAGACCAUCAGUAAUAUGUUCCUUUUCGUUGAAAACCAGCUAACAAAAUGAGAGUGGAAACUAUUUUAUUCCUUGCUGCCUUCUUCCUGUGUGUUCAGUGUCGUUUUUACACCGAUUCAAACGUUGAUCCUGGCUUUAAACAACAAUGUAAAGACGACACGUGUGUAACCGAUGAGCGGCCGUGUUUCAUUCCGCGAGAGAAAGGAAUUUUAACACGUCUUGAUGGAGUGAAAGUUGGGCAUCGACAAGAGGUAGAUCUAGGACUUGAGAAAAAAGUCUUGAUUACUAGAGCUCUGAAACCACUACUGUUCGAAAUCCCGAAUUUCCUGUCGGAAGAGGAAUGCGAUCAUAUCAUAUCACUGGCAAGCGAAAACGAAUUGUUCAAAAGUGUGGCUAAAGGUGGACUAACUGAGAGUGACACAUGGAAGUAUGACCCAAAAUUAUAUGGAAAAGCAGAUGGACCGAGAGGAAUGUACGAGAAUUGGGAUUUUAAUCAAGAUGGCAAAAUAACGGUUAACGAGUUUAAACAGUUUGCCAAGAUAUACCGCUACCUUUAUCUCACUGAUGCAGAAGUGAAACGACUAUUUGAUGAUUUAAAAUUACGUGAGUUAGAUGAUGGAGUCAUUACCCACCAAGAAUUUCAGGACAUGAACACGCUUCUGAUUGACAGUUACCUGUAUGAAAUGGGUCGGAGCCAUCCACGUCACAGAGAGAGGUUCAGUGAACAAACAUGGCUAACACAGGAACAUGAGGAUGGAAUUCUUCAAGACAUUCGCUUGAGAAUACAAGCCAUUACAAAGCUCCCGGAUGAGAUUAUUUAUGGCAGUGAGUACCUGCAGGUUGUCCGUUAUGGAGUCGAUGGACAUUACCACGCCCACUUGGACAGUGAAACACACGAACAUCCUGACUUCCCUUGCUGCCACCAGGUUCCAAAUGCUGGAACAGACAAUGAGAAUAAAUGCAAGUUGUGCAGAUAUGUUACAUUUCUCUAUUUCUUGAAUGAACCCCCCGAGGGUGGAGAAACAGCAUUCCCGAUGGCGGACAAUGCAACUUUUGUGAAAGAGAAUUUCGGGAACCUACGAUCCAAAGAAGAUAUUUACAACUUGAGUGAAUUCUGUCACAAGGCAAAUCUUGUAGUGAGGCCCAAGAAAGGAACCGCCAUCAUGUGGUACAACCACUUCAUGGACCCGGACAGCGGCUGGAUGGGGAAAAUGGACGAGUAUUCAAUUCACGGAGGAUGUGCAGUCAGAAAAGGAAUUAAAUGGAUCGCAAAUAACUGGAUCACAGCUCCAUACAAGAGCAGAGCUCAUGUCCCGAGCCAAUACAUACUCGGUCCGGAUAUCUACUUCACUGAAGACUGAUAACACAUAUAAAGACAAGUGUUGUAGACCUCAACAUCCAAAGGGCAACUGUGCAUUGUUGGUGUCAAUAUAGAGUCGAACUUGAAAGAUCCAUGACAGUCAAGGAAAGCAUGAUUGUUUUCGAAAUAAUUAAACUACAGUGCAUAGGCGGACCCAGGGAGAGGGUUAGAUUGGAUUUUAAGUUAGGCCUCUCCCUUUAGGUCGAGAAAUUGUUUGCAUUGUUCAGGGUAAGAAGAAGAAGGAAACAAAAUUACUGUAGCUACCCUUGGAGUUUGCAACUUUCGUAUUCGUACUGUUCCAACUUCUCUUUCACAAGAUUCCUGAUUCGCCUGUGCCAUGACGUUAAGAUAUGAUUACACCAUGCGAGUUAAUUGCAUGCCACAGAACGCUAAGACAAAUUACUUUGAACCACGAGAAUUUUGCCAGUUUUAGCCUGCUAGGAUGUCUGUUAAAACAUAAAAAAGCGACGAAUAAAUGCUUUAGUGUUGCAACUGCGAAAGGAAGUUGAAUACUAAUAAGAAUCAUGGAAAACACUUUCCUGACGGCAUUAAAGUUAUACUAUCAUUAUAACUGCCAAUUAACUUUGUUUCUGAUCAAUAUUUUUAUGAUACAUUUAAGUCGCCACCAUCACUUUCACCCGCACAACGAGAUAGCUAUUUCAUGUUAUACAAUAAAAUAAAUAAACUUCGCGUUUUGACUUAGUCAUAAUUAACACGUAUACGCAGACACAUAACUAAAAUGGACUGAAGAACUAUGAAAUAUUAUAAUAAUUAUAACUGUAACGUUAAUGGCCAGUUCCCUCUUUGAGACGCACCAGCAGGGAAUCAUGGUAGUUUUAUUCAUCAAAACAAAUAUCCAGUCCAAGAUGAUGAAUACAACUACCAUGAUUCCCUUGCAAGCGCAUCAUAGAGGGAAUUAGCCAUGGUUAAUUCAUU